CAGAUGAAAAAACCCAACUGGUGUUUGAGUAGGGCGUUAACAGUUUUUUAACUACCAAAGACAGACAGCUUUGUCUUUGUAUUGAAUUUCAGGCGGAGAUUUCAAUGCUUCUUACUUGAAUUUGAAGAACUAACUUUUUUCAUCUUCUCCGUGUAAGAACCCCCAUUUGCUUGUUCGAAUUAAAAUCCGCAAUGAUUCAUUCCUCCAUUUCGAAACCUUCAGUCUCAUUCUCAGUUCCCGUGAAAGUCCGAUGCGAUUCAAAGAUCGACUCCAUUAAUCCCCCAUUACAACAAAAACAACACGUAGGUCCGUUCACAGGGAGAGACCCGAAUGUCAAGAAGCCUGCGUGGUUGAGACAGAAAGCUCCUCAAGGAGAAAGGUUUCAACAAGUUAAAGAAUCCCUCUCCAAUUUGAAACUCAACACUGUUUGCGAGGAGGCUCAGUGUCCCAAUAUUGGAGAGUGUUGGAACGGAGGUGGGGAUGGUAUUGCAACCGCGACAAUCAUGGUACUUGGAGAUACUUGCACCCGUGGAUGCAGAUUUUGUGCUGUCAAAACCAGCAGAAACCCUGCACCACCUGAUCCUAUGGAACCAGAAAACACUGCUAAGGCCAUAGCAAGUUGGGGGGUGGAUUAUAUUGUCAUAACAAGUGUAGAUCGUGAUGAUAUACCUGAUGGUGGAAGUGGACACUUUGCUCAGACUGUCAAAGCUAUGAAGAGACUCAAGCCUGAGAUCAUGGUUGAGUGUUUAACUUCUGAUUUCCAGGGUGACCUAACGGCUGUAGAUACUCUUGUACACUCAGGUUUAGAUGUCUUUGCUCACAAUAUUGAAACAGUGAAACGGCUUCAGCGAAUUGUCAGGGAUCCUCGGGCUGGGUAUGAACAAAGUUUAUCGGUUCUGAAACAUGCAAAGUUAAGCAAAAAGGGGAUGAUAACAAAAUCUUCUAUAAUGCUGGGUCUUGGAGAAACUGAUGAUGAGUUGAAGGAAGCGAUGGCUGAUCUAAGGGCUAUAGAUGUUGAUAUUCUAACUCUUGGACAGUAUCUUCAGCCAACACCACUACAUUUGACUGUCAAAGAAUAUGUCACCCCAGAAAAGUUUGAUUUCUGGAAGGAAUAUGGCGAGUCUAUUGGGUUUCGUUAUGUAGCUAGUGGCCCAAUGGUUCGAUCCUCUUACAGGGCGGGGGAGCUCUUUGUUAAGUCAAUGGUAAAAGAGAGGGCUAAAGAGACUGCUUCUGCAUCAUAGUGGAUUUUGUUCAUCAGACUCUGGAUUAUGAAGAUUACCACAGAAGUACCAGAACUGGACAGCACUAACAUCUUCAGUCCAGGCUUACUGGUUUCAGUGAUGGCCUUGCCCUUGAUUCUUUAAGGCAAAGCUGCCUUAACCUUAUUUCAUAUAUAAUCAUUUAGACUCUUGAUAUAUGCUGCAUUGAUUUUUUUUUUUUUUUUUGUUAUCUUAAUGAAAUCUGGCUAAUAGACAAUCAGAGAGAAUGUUUGCUUUUCAAUAACUUAUCACAUAUUCAGGAUGUAUACCUGGUUUUUUCACCAACGCUUUUGAUUGUUGUAUGUGCAGGAAACUGAAAUGUAAUGAGAUGAUGAAAAAAAAUUGCAAAAACUAAUUUAAGUUGAUGGGAAUUGGAUCCUUA